AUGUCAAAGCCACUGACGCCUUAUUUGCGGAAACUUGUGGCGACGCCACCAGAGCUCUCACUGGCGGACUUUGCCGCAGCUCUGGACCUCAUCUUUGCCGGAGACGCUAACGACAUAGAGAUUGCGUCAUUCUUGACCGGGUUACGCAUCCACAAGCUUGACUUUGACGCCAGAUACAUUGCACAGGCUGUGGAGACUAUUCUGAAGUACUCAGAGAAGAUUCCGGAUGAGCUUGUCGACCCACUGGGCUACCUCGACAUUGUGGGCACGGGGGGUGACUCACAGAACACCUUCAAUGUGUCGACGUCCGCUGCGAUCGUCGGGGCUGGGAUGGGGCUCAAGGUGUGCAAGCACGGCGGGAAGGCGUCGACGAGUGCAUCUGGCUCAGGCGACCUCAUGAACAAGCUUGGCGUGCAGUUGAUGAAGGUGAACGCGGAGUCGACGCCGCUCAUUGUGAAGAACUCGAACCUGUGUUUCCUCUUUGCGCCUGCUUUUCACCAUGGGAUGGCCAAGGUUGUCAGCGUGCGGAAGCAGCUUGGCAUCCCGACGAUUUUCAACAUCCUCGGACCCUUGUUGAACCCAAUCAACAUCCGGGCACGGAUCUUGGGCGUCUACACGGAGACGUUGGGCCGGACGUACUGCGAGGCGGCGGUCCGCAUCGACCGAGCCCGGGGCAAAAUGGCCAACACGAUGGUCGUUUGGGGCGAGGUCGGUUUGGACGAAAUCUCUCCCGUGGGGAAGUCGAAGGUGUGGUUUUACAGCAAAGACGCCGACGCGAUCCACGAGUUUGAGCUCACGCCCGCAGACUUCGGCCUCCCAGAACACUCUCUCGACCUCGUGCGGUCCCAGACGCCGGCAGAGAACGCCAUCGUUUUACAGCGGAUCUUGGACUCCGACGCCGCCGCCCUCAGACCGGGCGUGGACCCGCUGGUUGACUACAUUUUGAUGAACUCGGCCGCUCUCGCGGUCGUCGCCGGUUUGACCAAGGACUGGAAGGAAGGGGUUGAAAUUGCCAGAAAGAGCAUCUUCUCCGGAGCCGCCAAGAAGACCCUACAGGACUUCAUUGACGCUGUCAAUAAGCACUAA